AUGCAGGGUGGCGGCUGGCCGCCGUCGUCGGCGCACCACAUGAUGGCGGCGGCGGGCAUGCAGGGCUCGUGCAUGGCGCCGCACGUCAACAUGCCCAACUUCAUGGGCGUCGUCUCGCAGCAGCAGGGCCAGCUGCAGCCGACGAUGUCGUCGACGUCGAUGCAGGUCCAGCAGAUGGCGCAGCAGGCGCCGAUGACGUCGACGAUGCCGAUGACGUCAUCGAUGCCGAUGACGUCGAUGCCGCUCGGCUACGCGCCGCCGGUGAAUCCGUUUAUAGGAGGUUUCCAUGACAGCGUCCUACUGUACGCGCAUGCGCUCAAAGAUUUACUCGCCGACGGUGGCGACCCCCGAUCCGGCCACGCUCUCACCGCUCUCAUGUGGAACCGGACGUUUACAGGUAUCACGGGAGAGGUCGUCAUUGACGCGAACGGCGACCGGGCGUCGGACUAUUCACUGCUCGACAUGCACCCGGUAACAGGAGAGUGGCACGUCGCCUACAAUUACUACGGCGCUCGCAAGGAAUUUGAGCCGACAGAGUACGCCAUCCACUGGCCUGCUGGAAGGACGGAUCCGCCGCCGGACGAACCUGAAUGCGGAUUCAGAGGUGACGAUCCGGUAUGCGAAAGCAAAGAGGAAGGUGGAAUUACAAGCGCCACAAUAGCUAUAAUAAGCUUCAGUGUUAUUCUUGUGAUCGGUGGGGCCAUCUGUUUCAUGCUAUACAGGAAGAUGAAGCUCGAAUCUGAUCUCAGAGACACCUGGUGGAAGGUGUCGUGGCAGGAGGUCAACCUCACAAAGGAGAAGGGCAGGCGGAGCGCUUCUGGAUUGUCGAUACCCACAUCUGCUGGUUCCGCGGCGUCUGUCAUAGCGGGACAACAGACACAUAAUCAAAUCUUUACUAAAGUCGGCACCUACCGGGCAAAGCUGGUAGCGGUGAGAGAGACGAAUCAUAAACUGGAUAUCAACAGGAAAGUGUUAAUGGAGUUCAAUAAGGUAGGAGAGGCUGUGCAAACUAAUGCAGUAUGGGUAUGGAGGAAACGAUCGCUGGAUUCAAGCGAAGAGGAUUCCCCCAAUGUGCAGGUGCCAUCGAUGGCACUCACCUUCCCAUAA